CCUCUCUCCUUUCUUUGUGAAACCGACCACCCCCGGGUAUCUCUCUCUCUUCUCGCUAGCCGCUCGGUGACCGAGCAUUCUGUUCACCAUCACCAACGCCACUCUCCUGCAACAUCAUGAAGGUCUCCUCCGUAGCCUUGGCUUCACUCGCCGUCCUCGCGGGCAGCGCGGAAGGGUUCUGGUUCUUCAAGCCCAUUGUUAUUCGGCCCCUCACCAUUUCCAUCCCUCUCCGGGUACCCGUCGGGGGAGGCGGCGGCGGCGGCGGUGGCGGUGGCGGCGGUGGUGGGGGAGCCGCUUGCAACUGCCCGGCGCCCGUGUGCCCGCCACCUACCUGUCCCGCGCCGGACUGCCCAAAGAACGCCGCAUUCAAGCAGCGAGAAGACGACAUCACGGGCUGCGGCAGCAGGACGCCUAUCUUCAGGGGAGACGGAAGCCUGCGCCGCUGCAUCUAA